CGAGUUGAGACUCUGGUUGUUGAUUUUUAGACACUCGCACAAGCCGAAGCGGCUGCUGCCCGUGUGCGUUCAGCCUCCUCCUCUUCCUCAUCUUCCUCCUCCUUCCUCCUCUUCUUCGUCCUGGUCUUCAGCACUGCUCCCCACUGGACAGCUCCUGCUUGGACACCGCUAACACUGCAUGGUCCCCUUCUGUCUUUUCAUGGAAGUAAAACCCAUUUAUGUUGCAAGAAAAACUGGGAGUUUACAACUUCGCGCACAGCCGGAUUCUGCGGAUACCUCGUUCCGAGACUUGUGGCGAGCUGCGUGCAGAUCCCACAUUCACUGUUAACGGCGACUGACGAGCUGUGUACACGCAGACUUCAUCUCCAGACAUUUGGUCCAAAGGACCUCUGCCAAAUCCAGAGACAUGGCAACGAACGGCACCAAAACGGACGGACAAGUCACAGAACUCAACGAGGUGGCCACCAGUAAUGACAAGCCCAAGUCACUGGAUGUCAAACCUAAAAAGGAGUUGCCUGUCAGGGAAAUGUGGGGUGGAAAAUUUGACUUCCUCCUGUCUUGCGUGGGUUAUGCAAUUGGACUGGGGAACGUGUGGAGAUUUCCCUAUCUCUGUGGGAAAAACGGUGGAGGAGCCUUUUUGAUCCCCUAUUUUUUGACCCUCAUAUUUGCUGGGAUGCCCUUGUUCCUACUGGAAUGCGCUCUUGGCCAGUACACCUCAAUUGGAGGGCUUGGUGUGUGGAAACUGGCUCCUGUAUUCAAAGGUGUGGGCCUUGCAGCAGCUGUUCUAUCCUUCUGGCUCAACAUUUACUACAUUGUAAUCAUUGCUUGGGCCAUUUACUAUCUGUACAACUCAUUCAGCGCUAACCUGCCGUGGAGCUCAUGUGACAACUCAUGGAACACAGAGAAGUGUUACACAAACUACACCAUUUUAGACACCACCAAUCUCACCAGUGCUGUGGUGGAGUUCUGGGAGCGCAACAUGCAUCAAAUGACUGACGGCCUAGAAAAACCAGGCCAGCUUCGGGUGCCCCUGGCAAUAACACUGGCCAUAGCCUGGGUCCUUGUGUACUUUUGUAUCUGGAAAGGAGUUAGCUGGACAGGAAAGGUCGUUUACUUCUCAGCCACCUAUCCCUACUUCAUGCUGUUCAUCCUCUUCAUCCGUGGGGUGACUCUACCUGGAGCUAAAGAGGGAAUUCUGUUUUAUAUUACCCCAGACUUUGAAAAACUGAAAGAAUCUGAGGUAUGGCUGGAUGCAGCUACCCAGAUCUUUUUCUCCUAUGGAUUGGGACUGGGGUCACUUAUAGCUCUGGGCAGCUACAAUACUUUCAAUAACAAUGUCUAUAGAGACUCUAUCAUUGUGUGCUGCAUCAACUCUUGCACCAGCAUGUUUGCUGGGUUUGUGAUCUUUUCCAUCGUCGGCUUCAUGUCCCAUGUAACAAAGAAAAGCAUAGCCGACGUAGCAGCUUCAGGUCCCGGCUUGGCUUUUCUUGCUUACCCAGAGGCAGUAACCCAGUUGCCUGUAUCUCCUCUCUGGGCCAUUUUGUUCUUCUCCAUGCUGCUCAUGCUGGGGAUAGACAGCCAGUUCUGCACUGUUGAAGGCUUCAUCACUGCCCUCGUCGAUGAGUUCCCCAGAGUUCUCCGAGGCAGACGAGAAAUCUUCAUUGCAGUUGUGUGCCUGGUGUCAUAUGUGAUUGGACUCUCAAACAUCACACAGGGUGGAAUCUACGUGUUCAAACUCUUUGAUUACUACUCUGCCAGUGGCAUGUGUCUGCUCUUCUUGGUCUUCUUUGAAUGCAUCUCCAUAUCCUGGUUCUAUGGUGUGAACAAAUUCUACGAGAACAUUGAGGAGAUGAUUGGCUACAAACCCUGCGUAUGGUGGAAGAUGUGCUGGCUCGUCUUCACUCCAUUCAUUGUUGCUGGGGUGUUCCUGUUCAGCGCAGUACAAAUGGUUCCUCUCACCAUGGGAGACUAUGUGUUCCCAUCCUGGGGUCAGGGAGUAGGCUGGCUCAUGGCACUGUCCUCCAUGGUUCUCAUACCAGGCUACAUGGUUUACAUGUAUCUUGGGCUCAAGGGCACCUACAAGGAGCGAUUUCGAAUAAUGUUUCAGCCUCCAGCAGUCGUUAGACGGUGCCAGGAAAAUGGACCCGAGCAACAAGUUGAAACCAACACCGCUACUCUGUCCAGUCCUGCCAAUCAGGCUCCCGCCAACCCCACCAGCCCAACCAAUCCAGCUCCCGCCAACCCCACCAGCCCCGCCAAUCCAGCUCCCAUAAACACAACAAGCCCUGCGGCACCUGCUAACCCAGCUCCCCUACCAGCUAUCCCAACUUCUGUUUCUAGCCCGCCAAAUCCAGCCACAAGCCCUACCACCACCACUAACAUUGUCACCACCACUACGACUACGGCAACCCCAGCUAACCCGACCACCACAACUGUUAGCCCAACCAGCGCAGUCCCCAACCCAGUGAGCCCAGCAGAGCCUGUGAAUCCGCCAAACCAAAAAAGCCUGACAUCUAACUUGAGCAAUGCAGAGGCCAAUGUGUAGACAACAAGGAAACCCUCAUGGAGCAUGUAGACUAAAAAGAACAUUCAAAAAGAAAAAAAAAGGACAUCCAAGAUUUUAUUUGAUUCACCUACCUCCAGGGGCAAAAAUGCGAUCAAAACAUGUUUAAUUUUUCUGCAUUUGUGAGACCAAGCCAGUGAUGUCUUAUUGUUGGUUUGCUAUCUGAAAAGAGUAUCCGACUGUUAGCAGUGAUACAAGCAUAAAUCCAAUUUAAGAAAAAAAAGAAAAAACAAGGAAAAAAACUGUCAUACUGUGAGAAAAGAAGAGAAAUAGAUUAGAGAUUUGUUAAAUAUCUUUAUGAAUCCAGUAAAUACUGUGUGAAUAUAGUAGAUCAAGUAGUGAACAAAUUGACAUCAUUGAAGGAGCAUAAGGGAUGGCGUCAAUUUUUCUUUUGUGGAUGUUUACCAAACCUCACACAGUUGUCUCUUUUUCCAGCGUUGCUCUCUGUGAGGUGAACUACAGGCCGCAGGGCAAACGAGGAGCUCUGAGUAAGCACAAUGCCAAUAAGAAGUUCGUGUUUAGGAACUCUGGAGCAAUCCAGUAUUUGUUGCAAAAGAUUUUGUGUGUGAGAGAGACUGUUAUUUUUUUUCUUCCUUUUUUCAGUAAAAAAAACUUUGAAAAAAAAAGAGAAAACUUUUAUGUAUUCAAAAGCAUUUUUAGAAUUAUUUUUAGGGAUGUUUUAUACUUGUAUGUGUUGUAACUGAGGACCAAAAUCAAUAGGCAGACAAUAGCAAAAACUAUGCCAUUUAGUAUUUGGUUGGCAAAGCACAGGGUACAAAGGGGUACAAAAAAAGAACAAGAAAAAGUCAAAAGAAGCACAGGGUUAUCAAACUGAUUUACAAACGUCAAAGAUCCCUUAAUGCUGGUAGUCAGUCCUGUUUACUUUUCGCAUGCUUUCCUCAGGAACAUCUUUGAAAAAUUGCUCUCAAAUGUCUCCUGACAAAAAAAAAAAAACAACAACAACAAAGAAGGCCUUAAGCCAAUUAACCAAUUUCUGCAAAGUCAUAGUCUGUUUACAUGACUGGACAGAAUUACAAAAUACCACUUUGUAUGCUAGCACAAAAACAAGGACCAACUCUGUGUCUGAGUCAUGUUUCUUUCUCUCUGUGUCAUGAUUAGUCGUAUUUUAAUCAAUAUGUAUUUUUUAAAAAUACAUAUUUCGAUGUACAGACCAGUAAGCAAAUGGUCUUUUUUUUCAUGUUCCUAGUUAAAAAGCACAAAACCUUUUUAUUUAUUUAUUUAUUUUUUUCCUCAGACUUUGCCAUGGCGUGUUCGGACAAUGUUAGUUUGCUUCUACGGCAGCUACUGUGAAAGGAAUCUGGUUCGAACAGAACAUGUUUACUUAGAAAAGCAAAGCAACUGAGCUAAUAUGUGACAAUGGCUACAGUUCAUGUCCUGUGAAUUUUGUAUAAAGUUACUCUACCACAGUUUUCUCUGGAAGUUUGUUGUAAAACUGUACUGUGUAAAACAUGUAACUGUGAAUGUCUGUACUACAUUGGAAGUUGUUGUCUAAAUGUUGAAAAAAUGGA